AGAGACGUCACGGGGCGCUCUGGACUCGCACAUGUCUGUGGUUUUACCGGAAGUAGGAAGUGAAGUCUAGGAAACGCGACAGAGCUGUGGACGAAAUCAUCCUUGGAUAAAAAUGGCUUCGUACACCUGCAUUACAUGCCGGGUAGCUUUUGCUGAUCCUGAUAUCCAGAGAGCUCAUUAUAAGACAGACUGGCACAGAUACAACCUGAAGAGGAAGGUGGCUGACAUGCCACCAGUAACAGCAGAAAAUUUUCAAGAACGGGUUCUUGCCCAAAGAGCUGUGGUGGAGGAGCAGAGCAAAGAAACCGCCACCUACUGUACAGCCUGCAGCAAGAGGUUCUCAACAUUCAAUGCUUAUGAAAACCACCUGAAAUCCAAAAAGCACUUGGACCUAGAGAAGAAGGCAACUGAAGCAAUCACUAAGAAGGUUGAGAUGUUGAAUGAGAAGAAUCUAGAGAAAGGCAUGAGACCGGAAAAUGUCGAUAAAGAUGCCAUGAAUGUAGCUAUUCAGCAGGCUGUCAAGGCACAACCAGCCUCCUCUCCCAAAAAGAAAGCCAGCAUGGCUCAAGAAAGGGAUCCUGGCAAACAAGAACAGCAGACCAGGUUAAGGCCUGACAAGCCACCCAGGUUACAGUGGUAUGAAGAGCAAGCCAAGAAACUGGCAGCUCAGGGUGACACUCAAGAUUCCUUGGAGGAGGAAGAUUGGGAAGACAUGGAUUCAGAUGAGGAGGAAGAAGACAGUGAUGAGGAGAUGGAGGAUGUCGAUGAAGCAGAUGAUGCCGGUUCUGCAACAGCAGUUGAGGGUACUACUCCUCCCAUUGGAGCCAUCCCUAUUACAGACUGCUUGUUCUGCCUGCAUCACUCCCGCACUUUAGUAAAGAAUGUCGCCCAUAUGACCAAAGUCCAUAGCUUCUUUAUUCCAGACAUUGAAUACCUCAUGGAUCUCAAAGGUUUCAUCCGUUACUUAGGUGAGAAGGUCGGUGUUGGGAAGAUUUGUCUGUGGUGUAAUGAAAGGGGGAAAUCCUUUUACACUACAGAAUCCGUGCAAGCCCACAUGAAUGACAAGAGCCACUGCAAGCUCUUCACAGAUGGAGAUGCUGCUCUGGAGUUCGCAGACUUUUACGAUUUCAGGUCCAGUUAUCCAGAUCACAAAGACGACGAAGACUUAGAAAUGGCUGACCGAGAACUUACACAUGAGAAAGAUUUAGAAUAUGAUGAGAACACGAUGGAACUGGUCCUGCCGUCAGGUGCCAGGAUUGGUCAUCGCACACUCAUGAAAUACUACAAACAGAAAUUUGGUUUGUCCAGAGCUGUGGUUGUUUCGAAAAACCAGAGAGCUGUCGGCAGGGUUUUGCAGCAGUACAAAGCUCUGGGCUGGACUGGGGGAACUGGUGGCAGUCGUCAGCAGGGGCGUGACAUGCAGUAUGUGCAGAAGAUGAAGUCUAAAUGGAUGCUGAAAAUGGGGAUGAGCAAUAAUGCUACAAAGCAGAUGCACUUUAGGCCCCAAGUGCAAUUUUGAGGCUUGGAUAUGUUUGGUUAACAGAGAUGGAUGGUUGUCUGAUGAUUCAUAUGCCGCCAGGUCGUGGUAUACGGUCCUAGUCUGUUAUGCUUUGUCUUGUGGCUAAUGUAUCUGAGAUAUGGCAUAUGGAUGACCCUGCUUGUAAGACCUCUCCUGGUGUGCCUUAAUGUUAUACUUACAACUAAUAUGUGGCCAAUAAUUAUUCUGACACAUUAUACAAGACAGAGGCAGCAGCGAAGAUGCCCGUCAUAUAAGUAACAGGUCGACUGCUUCAUAAAAGAAAAAGAAGUUGAGGUCUAAAAAGAUGUAUGAACAUAUGUAGGAAAAUAGCUACAGGCUUUUUAUAAUGCUGAAAGAAAACCUGGAAAGUUUCCAUUAUGUGUUACUGGUUCUUUGAACAAAGUGUACUUCUGGCCUGAAAUGUUUUAAUGAAUGUAUAAGAUGCUGUUAAUCACAAUAAAACUGCAAUUCUAGACUCA